GCAUUAACCAACUCCAAUAUUUGCAAUCUAUCUUGCACUACCUUGCCAAUUUGUAGUUGAUUCUGGAUCCAGCUUGUAACUACUACCUCAAUCAAUACUUUUCCACUUUUUAAACUCACAAUGUCAACUUUGGAAGAUUUAGACUCGUUGGUAAAUUCUAACAACAAUGAAAAUUCACAAACUCCAAAAAAAGAAGAAGUUGAUCCAGAUGAAGAAAUAUUAAGGGAAUUAUUAAACUCUUCAGCUUCAGAUAUUAAAAACAGAGCAAGGCUUUUGGAAAAUGAUAUCAGAGUAAUGAAAUCAGAAGUUCAAAGAUUGAAUCAUGAAAAGUCAACAAUGCUUGAAAAAAUUAAAGAUAACCAGGAGAAAAUUUCUAAUAACAAAGUUUUACCAUACUUGGUUGCAAAUGUUGUUGAAUUAUUAGAUUUGGAAGCAGAUGAAAGUGCUAAGACUGAAGGUGCAAAUAUCGAUUUGGAUUCUACAAGAGUAGGAAAAUCUGCUGUCAUAAGAACUACAACUAGACAAACUGUGUUCUUACCAAUGAUUGGUUUGGUCGAUCCUGCUACUUUAAAACCAAAUGAUUUAAUAGGUGUCAAUAAAGACUCUUAUUUGAUAUUAGAUACUUUACCCGCAGAAUAUGACUCAAGAGUUAAAGCAAUGGAAGUCGAUGAAAAGCCAACGGAAAGUUAUAAUGACAUUGGUGGUUUAGACAAACAAAUUGAGGAAUUAGUAGAAGCCGUAGUGUUACCAAUGCAACAGGCUGAUAAAUUUAAAACAAUUGGUAUUAAACCCCCAAAGGGUGCUUUAAUGUAUGGUCCUCCAGGUACCGGAAAAACUUUGCUAGCAAGAGCUUGUGCUGCACAAUCAAACGCUACUUUUUUGAAAUUAGCAGCUCCUCAGUUGGUUCAAAUGUACAUUGGUGAUGGUGCAAAAUUAGUUCGUGAUGCCUUUGCUUUAGCCAAAGAAAAAGCUCCAACUAUUAUAUUCAUAGAUGAAUUGGAUGCUAUCGGUACUAAAAGAUUUGAUUCUGACAAAUCUGGUGAUAGAGAAGUUCAAAGAACAAUGUUAGAGUUAUUGAAUCAAUUGGAUGGUUUUGGUUCCGAUGAUAGAGUCAAAGUAUUAGCAGCCACAAAUAGGGUUGAUGUUCUUGAUCCUGCUUUAUUAAGAUCUGGUAGAUUAGAUAGAAAAAUUGAAUUUCCUUUGCCCACUGAAGAAGCUAGAUCACAGAUUUUGCAGAUCCAUGCCAGGAAAAUGAAAUGCGACUCUUUGAUAAAUUGGAAAGAAUUAGCAAGAAGUACUGAUGAAUUCAAUGGCGCUCAAUUAAAAGCUGUUGCUGUUGAAGCAGGGAUGAUUGCCUUAAGAAAUGGUCAAAACAGUAUUAAGCAUGAAGAUUUUGUUGAAGCAAUUGGUGAAGUUCAAGCAAGAAAAUCAAAAUCCGUAUCAUUCUAUGCAUAAUUUCUUUUCUUUUAUUUACAGUUUUUUUUUUACCUUAAUUAUUGAAAAUUAAUAUAUGUAUAUUGUUUAGAUUCCUAAAAAACAUUCAUAAAAUGAUGAUCAAAAUAAAUAAAUUUAUAUACGAAAAGUUUUCCCAACAAAAAAAACGAGAAGAGCAAAAGACAAAAAAAGAUAU